AUGAAUAAGACCAAAGGAAACACGACUGGCUGUUUAAAUAAACCACCGGCUGGAAAACUAAUACCUGUGGGAGACAGAGCUAGUGUCUGCUUACAAGAAAUGCCGAGGCCCCCUACCCCACCGGUGGUAAGGAAAUUUCGCAACAGUACCCAACCUGAACCUGGAGUUAUCAGAGUGCACAGAGGGAAGGCAACUGAUCCUGAUGUCGCAAGCACCCUUAUCCAUGGCAUCAAAACCAAAUCUACUCACAAUGACAGAAGCUUGCUAAAUCCUCCCCUAAAGACCUUGUUCCAGCAGAAGUUGGAAGAGUUCAGUGAGGCAGGUUACACCUCAAAUAAAAAAGCGCCAUUGGGACAAUCACAUGCUCAGCAAGAUGGACUUCCCAGCUGGUAUAACAACAACACUACAUUUGGUGUGAAAGUGGUAAAAGGGUCGGAUGUGCGUGAGAUUAUUCACCCUCCAAAAACAACCGAGGAGGUGGAGAAAGAAGCUCAGGAGGGACAUGAGUCCUAUAUUCGUAGCCACAAAGCCUAUUUUGUUGGUGAAAGGAUUGAUAGAAAGUAUGACUGGAGUCACUACAGCAAAGACAGCAGGUUUGGGAUCCUCACACCUCAUUUCAACGACGGAAGGGAUACUUGCAAAACUCUUCGCUGGCUGGGGGAGUCACAGAAGUUUUACAAUCCAAGGACUGGCUGGAAGAGAUCUGGAAACAGGGAAAAGAUAAUGGCACAACUUGGCCUAACAAACAAAUUGGACAAGAAAAGUGUAAAUGCACCACAAGAUCAAAUCUUUGGAAAUCACAUGCCAGCUGAUGAGUUUGGAGUCGGCGAGUUAAUCCAUUCCACAGAGCCGGGCCAGUAUACAAGACACCGAGACCGGCAGCGACAGUGUAGCCUGGUCAACGCAGUACGACACCAACUCAAAGUUCUCAACUUCCAAAAUUUCCCUUCCCUGUUGGAGGCGUUCAGACAAUAUGACAAGAAAGGCAAAGGUAUGAUUGACAGAGAAGACCUGCAGGCAGUGUGCAGUGAGUUCCGGCUUGGUGUGUGUGAGUCUGUUCUAGAUGACCUGAUGGACUACUGUGACCUCGACAAGGAUGGAAAAAUCAAUUUUCUGGAGUUUUCUAACUUCCUCAACUGGAAGGACAACAUGCCUAUCAAAUGUCCAGAGCAGUUCAAGAAGACAAAUGAGCGUCAGACCAGCUCAGCUCCAGCCAGCAUAGAAAGGAAGCAUUCAUCAGAACCAGCACAGUUUCCUACCUCUGAGACCCUAAUUAAGCCUGAGGACCUGGAGGCUAUUGAGCUGAGCAGCUCACCCAAGACCCUCAAGACCUUGAGGCGAACCAGGGCAGCUCCAGACCACUUCAUGACAUCCUCCUCCCUCAUUGGGGCUGUCAGUGAUGGUUGCUUGACAUCAAACAGCCGCACCUAUGGACUCCCGUCUGUGCGCUCUGACCUUCCUGUCCCUAGCAUAAAGAGAGUCGGUGACACUACCAACUAUGGUGAUACAUCCACAGCUAGAGAUCUCCUUCAUCCAUCAGUUCAUGCCAUUCAAGGUGUUUAUGAAGAACAUCUCUUCUGUCCUCGCACCAAAAGAGAGAUCGCAGAGAUUUUCAAGAAUGUGGGGGUGAAUCUAUCUGAGGAGACAUAUGAGGAGGCAUGGAAGCUGGCAUCAAUGAAGAAUCCUUCUGGGGAGAGCUCAUUCAGACCGGCACCUUAGCUCCAUCUGAUGCCCGGUGUUCUCCUCCUAUGAGUGACUCCAGAGCGGC